AUGAUAAUAAAAAUUUUUCGUGUUAUUACAUUAUUUGUAAUUACAAUAUUACAAUUUUACUUGUUUGUAAAUGCAACUCCAAUUUUUAAUCCAUCUAAUUCAGGAAUUAUAAAAAUUCCUUUAACAAAAUCCCGUAGAUCAGAUAUAGAUCCUGUAUUAUUAUCAUUAUUAAAACGUGAUCCUCAAGCAACUAUACCUGUAAAUUAUCAUGUUGUACGUUAUACUGCCUCGAUAUUAAUAGGUGGUCAACCCCUUACUAUAUUGUUUGAUACCGGAUCGGAUGACCUUUGGGUUCCAAGUGUUUACUGUACCAGCACUUCAUGUACAAAUAGUACUCUAUAUGAUCCUAGAAAAUCUUCUACAUAUAAAGAAGUUGCUUCUCCAAAUAAUUUUACUAUAAGGUAUGGUUCUGGUGUUGUAAGCGGUUAUACAGGUCAAGAAACUGUUAAGCUUGGUGGAAUUUCUAUAACACAACAAAUUUUUGGUUUAGCAACUUCAGUUACAACUAAUUCUUAUAGUGAUGGUGGUAUUAUGGGUAUUUCAUUUUUUCAAUCUAAUGCGCCCGGUGUAGUACAAACAAUGAAAGCUCAAAAAGUAAUUAAUAAAGCUUUAGUCGGAUUUAGUUACACGGGAACUGAUAACAAUAAUUAUGUAACAUUUGGUGACGUUCCUAAUGAAUAUGCAAAUAGUAUUUCGUAUAAUAAAGUAGUUGAUAAUACUACAUGGCAGAUUUUAUUGAGUGAUAUUACUGUUGAUGGAACUUCACUUGGAAUUAGGACAAAUGCCUUAGUUGACGCAGGUUCUACCCUUAUGUAUGGCUCUUCUCAACAAGUUUCUGCCAUUCACUCAAAAAUUAGCGGUUCUUCUAAUAAUUCUAAUAUAUGGUGGAUUCCAUGUAACACUAAAUCCGUAAUCUCUUUAGUAAUAGGUGGUAUAUCAUAUGAUAUUAAUCCCACUCAUAUGGCAAGAAAUAGAAAUUCUACAUCUGGACUAUGUAGAUCUGGAAUACAAGCACAACCAUCUAACGUUAAUGCAAACUUUUUUUCGAUCGGUCAAGUAUUUUUGAAUAGUUUUUUUGCUGCAUUUGAUAUUGAUAAUAAGCAAAUUGGCUUUGCUAAAACUGUG